AUGCAACGGAAGAUGAGCGCCAUGUUUUUCUCAGUCUUGCUGGUUUCGGCCAUUUUCAUGGCUUCUUGUUUGCAACCAGCUGAAAUGAGGCCGCUGAAGGAAGAAGGCGGUGCUGAUGAUAAUCAUUUAUUGCUGUUGCAGUCCCUGCAGAGGGGUCCGGUAAGCGGGUCGGGUCCCAAUCCGUGCACCAACAUCCCCGGUCGGAACCCGGGAUCCUGCACCCGUGCUGUGACUGCGAUGAACGUCGCCGGCGGUGUAUUCGCCCGCCGGCCUCCUCUUGCAGUUUCUCAACUCGUCGUCGCUUCGACUACAACUACAAGGCAGUCUGGUCGUCGACAGUUUGCUGGGAGUUCUUGA